GAUCACGCUGAAAUGGCACGAGAAAUCGACUAUGAGAGCGUUACAACCCUCGAUCCCUCACACGUUGUGGCCAUCAAGUCGCUGUGGAGCGAUCCGGGCAUCAAGGAGUGCUACGAUCGUCGGCGAGAAUUUCAAAUUACCGACUCCGCUAAAUAGUAGGUUUUUUUAA